UGCAGGAUAAUAACAUUUUUUAAAGCUGAGGGAUGCCUAAUUCCUGCAGUGUCUGUCCAGCGGGCGGUUGUAUGUGCGGCUGCUGUUCAAGCUUGGGAGCUUACAGCUUUCUGUUUCUCUCCCCCUGCUGGUGAUGUCAGCCUUCACCUAACAACCUUCAGCCUGCAGUACACCCCUCCCGUUGUGGCCUGCGUCUGCAUCCACUUGGCCUGUAAGUGGUCCAACUGGGAGAUCCCAGUCUCCACGGACGGGAAGCACUGGUGGGAGUACGUUGAUGCCACUGUAACUCUGGAACUCUUGGAUGAAUUAACUCAUGAAUUCCUUCAAAUCCUUGAAAAAACUCCUAAUCGACUGAAACGAAUCAGGAAUUGGCGGGCCUGUCAAGCAGCCAGGAAAUCGAAGACAGAUGACCAAAGUGAGGAUGAUGGCCUCUCAGAACUGACAAUCCUCAGCAUGAUCUCUAGAAGUGCAUCAGACACGACUAUUGCAGGCCUGAUGAGCAUGUCAACGUCUUCAACCACUGGAGCCACUUCACUUCCAGCUACAGGAGAAGACUCUCCAGGGGAACGAGGUAGUGCAGAUAUUUUAUCAGACAGCUGGAUGGAUCAGCAUAAACAAGACAUUUCUAUCAAUCCUGAUCAUCUACAUCAUGAUAGCAGUAGUGGCGGCCCUUUUGCUAAGCAAAACAUCAAGAGUGCACCACUAGCAAAAGUAUCAUUAAAGGAAUAUCGUGCAAAACAUGCUGAGGAAUUGGCUGCACAGAAACGCCAGCUAGAGAACAUGGAGGCAAAUGUGCGUUCUCAAUAUGCUUAUGCUGCCCAGAACUUGCUUGAACAACAGCAACGUGAACGGGAUGUGCAGCAGGAGGAGAACUCUCCAAUUGUCCUGAAAAUCCCUCUAGGCAACAAUUCUGAUGGUUCUGAACGGCCUCCUCCUGAAAAAGCUGAUAAACCCUCAUCUGCACUUAAAGUACGGUUGCCUGCCCCAGGAGACAAGCCUAUUGCAUCUUCCAAACAAGAUGACAUAAAAGUGCGCAUUAAGGUACCACCUCCCACGGAACGACACAGCCUGCCUGAUGAAAACAGUGGCAAGAGCAGGGGGGAGCACAAAGAAAAGCAUAAGAUCCAUUCGUCUAACCACCAUCACCAUCAUAACCAUCAUUCUCACAAACAUUUACAUGGGCAACCUGUUGUCAACACCAAACGUCCAGGGGAAUCCAAGCAUGUUAACCCAACUGGCAUUGUGUCACACAAGGGUUAUGUCCCAAAUUGUUCCUCCCGUAAGAGACCACUUUCUGAGGAGACCUCAGUUACAGUCCAUGAACAUCAGCCCAAAAUCAGUAAAAGUUCCAAGGGGCCUACUGUGCCAUUCUCAUUCCCUCAGCAUUCUGGCCACAGCUUGGAAGCAGCUGGUCUACCUUUCGUGCAGGCUAACAAAGCCAGAGGGGCUCAUGGAAAAUUGGACAAGAGCACUGCUGGGGCCAAUGGACAUAACAUGAACCAAUCCAUUGACUAUCAGGAUACAGUGAACAUGCUGCACUCCCUGCUCAGUGCACAAGGAAUGAAACCCACCCAGUCAUCCAAUUAUGACUUUGUGCAUCAUUAUGGCGAAUACUUGAACCCCAGGGCUGCUGCAAGUGUUGAUAAGCCACGACCACCCCCGCUCCCAUCAGAACCUCCCCCACCUUUACCACCACUCCCAAAGUGAUAGUUUUAACUACUGAGGUUCUAUAAAAAAAUAAUUGCUCAUAGUAAUCUCCACUGCCUUGUGUGAAUGCCCUGUCCCCUUUUUAAAAGAAAACAUUUUUUUAUUAUUGAUAGAACAUAGUGUUCUUGAAACUGUGAAAAGAUACGCUCUUCUUUCUCCGUGUGCAUCCCCCACCCAUCCACCCCCUUUCAGUUCUUCUGGAUGGUGAUUUUUUUCCUAUAAGACCAGCUGUCAACUUCAGAGGUGAGGGUGGGCGUGAACGUUAUCAACCCGAUAGGAAAUGGCGGACUAUUUAAAUUGACAGUCUUUUCUCCUUUUCUUUUUUUAAAAAAAGGACUUUUAAAAAUAAUUUAAAAUAAGUUAUAUGUUUAGUGUUGAUUUUAUUUUUCUAAUAUGGAUAAAGGAAGGAGUUAUAGGAGAAAGGGAAACGGAGAAGGGCACACGAGUUCUGUCUACUUGCAGUUGUUAAUGUGUGUUGUCCCAGUGGAAGUUGCCUCCGCCUGAACAAGGCAGCGAAGGUUGGGAAGGAAGAAUAGGGAGAAAGGUGUGAGAGACAUAUGUACUGAAUAUAAGUAAAGUAGAAAAUGGAAGUGGUGAAGCAGAGUUUUUCCAGUUUCUCCUUACUUAGAUCUAUGAUUCUUCAUCAGUAAUUAAAUGGAGACAGAUGCAAACCUCAAGUUCCAAAGAAUGGUGAAAUCAGAAGUGUUAGUUGCUAACUUUUUUAGUCCUUCCUGCUGAUCAAGGAUAAUUUAGGAAUGAGGUUUUAUAAGUUCACUUUCUUCUUGACCACAUUGCUUCUUUAGGGGUGCCGUUACUAUGUUUACCAUUUCAGUCUUUGUCUCAGUCUUUUUCUCACUGGAAGACAAAUGGCUAACAUGACUUAACUGUUAAAAAAUCUCAUGGGACUGUAUUUCAGUGGUGGGCAGCACUGCAUGCUAGUGCAUGAACUCUUGAGAGUGCCUUCAAAAAAAUGCUGCAUUUAGUAUAGUUUGGGAAAAUGUGUGUUUCAGCAGAGGAGGAAGAACUAGAAGAGGCCGACAGCCUAGGGACAUUAGAGCAGUAAUCGUGAUUCCGGGAUGCUUUAUAUUAUACCUUAAAUAUAUUAUGGAGUAUGAGAUUUUCACAUUUUGUCCAAAAAAGAUAUAAGGAUGACCACAAAUGAAUCAGGCAAAUUUGGUGAACAGAGCAAAGACCGAGCCUGUGGCCUUCCAAAUGUUAAGUUAUACUUCCCAGUAUCCUUUACAGUUUUUCAUGAUAGUAUGGGCUUCUGGAAAGUACAGCUUGCCAGUAUCUAGAAGGUCUAAUAUUUCUGUCUCUAAGAGAGAAGAAAAUUGAAUAAAAGUGGGAUGAAGACCUGUGAAUAUAAAGAUGUAGAUACAAUACAAAAAUAGCCAGUUUGAAGGUGCCCUGAAUUGGUUUGAAUGUUGAUGUAACAUUCUGAACUUGUAGCAUACUACUUCUGGUAUGCUAAAAUUGGGGCUAGCAUUUAAACAUGGACAUAUAUUAUGUUUCUGUAGAUCACAUAAGAAUAUUUUAAUUCUAUGAAUUUGGCCUUGGUUUGUAAGCCAGCAUUUGGACAAAGUAUUUGGAGUAAGUGGUCUUCAAUCUCAACUUUAUUUUGUCUUUUAAUAUAGUCCCCUUGUUCCACAAGUCAUUUCAAGGUAUUCCUACUGUUGUGAAGUAAAUUCCAAAUUGAAAUAUGAGGGACUGUGUGGCCUAAAAAGGGUUUUACCCAAAAUGGAUGACUCUAGUAUACAUCAAUAGAGGCCCAAUCCAGUAUGUUCAGUAGUGACUAUUAACUGUGGCCUCUGUAAUGUCAUGUGAGUGAAAGUUAAUUGCUGCUGGUUUCAGAUGAUGCAUCAUGUUUAAAUAAGACACUCAUCUGCUUGUUUUUGCAGAAGUAUUUUCUCUGAAUUUGGAAUAAUUGUUUCCCCACCACCUUUGGAUUUCUGAACCAAUAGUGUCUCAGCUAUUGAUGCAAACUUUGGCCUAGUUUUGUGUAAUGUUUCAGAAACUUUCUAAUUCCUGGCUCACUUUAUUACUAUUCCACGUUUCAAUAAAUGUACUGUCUCCGCAUUUAAUUUGUUCCUUGUGAAAUUUCUUGCUAAUAUUUGAAUUUAUCAGGAAAAGUAUACAAAAGUAUUUUGGACAGUAACAGCAGCAUUCUGAAUCUUUAAAUCUCCCUUGUUUAUUUCCUAGUUCUUUAUUUACACUGAGAUGUAAAAGCAAGCAAUAGCAAUUACAUUUUAAAAACAAACCACAAUGGAUUUGAACAAAAGAUAGCAAAUAAGGAAGUAGGAAAGGAAAAAUAACUUUGUGGCAUGAUUAAAAAAAAACAUAAGAUCACAUUUCAUUGACUCAGAUGUUCAUAUUUUCAGAUUUUGGAUCAUAAUUUGUCAGUUGAAAACUGCAGGUUACUAUCUUGCUGUUACAAUAGUAAUCCUUCAUUUACUAUGCUUACUAAAAGGUCCUAGAUGACCCAUGGAAAUGAAUGUGACAGUUACAUAAGAGUAAUUAAUGUAUGCUGAAUUGUCUAAAUCAUCUCUUGGUCCUUCUGUUUAAAAAGAAGUUAUUGUUUUGAUCAGCUGACAUUUUCUAGGCUUGCUUGAAACAUCAUGUUCAGUAAUCCAUGUUUUGUAUAUUGUACAGAUAUGCACCUGCAUGUAUCAAUUUACAGUAUUUAUAGUUAUUAAUACAGUAUGCAAAGUUAUAAUGGACUUGUAAAACCAUACUUAUCUGUAUGCUGAAAGAAAAGGUCAGGGGGAGCUUUUUCAGUCACACAAAUAAUAUGAAGAAACAGAUUUUGAGGAGAACUUCUUUCUGCAUUUGCGGUUGAGCAACUGUUAAGAUUGAGUCUGUUUAAUUCUAAAAUAAAAUGCGGAGUCCAUGUAAUUCAUACUGGACUGCAAGGAAAGUC